UCCAAAAAAUAAAAAUGAGUGGUUUUGUUUGGACCAUCUUUUUCACUUUUGCUUUCUUCUCCGCCUUGUCCACUUCUUCCACCUUAUUGUUUCAGGGAUUCAACUGGGAGUCGAGUAACAAGCAAGGAGGGUGGUACAAUUCGCUUAUCGGUGUUGUACCCGACAUCGCCGCUGCCGGAGUUACUCAUAUUUGGCUCCCACCUCCAUCUCAAUCGGCCGCACAACAAGGGUAUUUGCCCGGGAGGUUGUAUGAUCUCGACGCAUCAAAAUACGGCAGCAGGGCCGAGCUCCGAUCGCUGAUCAAAUCCAUACAUGCCCACGGCAUGAAGGCCGUGGCCGACAUCGUGAUCAACCACCGCACCGCCGAGAGGCAGGACAGUCGGGGAGUCUACAACAUCUUCGAGGGCGGCACCCCCGACAGCCGCCUCGACUGGGGCCCCUCCUUCAUCUGCCGCGACGACACCCAGUACUCCGAUGGCACCGGCAACCUCGACUCCGGCGCCGCCUACGGCCCCGCCCCGGACAUCGACCACCUCAACCCGCGCGUCCAGACCGAGCUCUCCGACUGGCUCAACUGGCUCAAGUCCAACAUCGGCUUCGACGGCUGGCGCUUCGACUUCGUCAAGGGCUACGCGCCCUCCAUCACCAAGAUCUACAUGGCCAACACCCGCCCGGACUUCGCCGUAGGCGAGCUGUGGAACUCGCUCGCCUACGGCGGGGACGGGAAGCCGGGGUACGAUCAGAACGGGCACAGGAACGAGCUGGCGGCGUGGACGGAUAACGCCGGCGGGGCGGUGACGGCGUUCGACUUCACCACUAAAGGGAUCCUGCAGGCGGCGGUGGAGGGGGAGCUGUGGAGAUUGAAGGACGCCGAGAGCAAGCCGCCGGGGUUGAUUGGGAUUAAGCCCGAAAAUGCGGUCACGUUCAUCGACAACCACGACACCGGCUCGACGCAAAUGUUGUGGCCUUUUCCAGCGGAUAAGGUGUCGCAGGGCUAUGCUUAUAUCCUUACUCAUCCCGGAGUUCCAUCCGUGUUCUACGAUCAUUUUUUUGAUUGGGGGAAGAAGGAAGAGAUUACCAAGAUUAUCGCGGUGAGGAGGAGGAACGGCAUUGGUGCGGGCAGCAAGGUCGAGAUUCUGGCUGCGGAGGCGAAUCUUUAUGUGGCCAAGAUUGAUGAUAAGAUCAUCACCAAAAUUGGGGCAGAGAUGGAUCUAGGAAACCUAAUCCCUCCUGAUUUUAAGGUUGCAGCUGAUGGUAAUGAUUAUGCUGUUUGGGAGAAGCAAGCUUGACAGUUUUUUGCUAUGAAAUUAAUAACUUGGCUGAUGCAAGUUUCAAGUUUGGAUUUGUAUGUUAACAAAUGAAUAUCAAAAUAUAUGAAUUUGGAAAUUUAUAUCUUGUUA